AUGGCCAAGAAACAAUCAACUGUGAAACAAGCUUCUUUGAAGCAAUCAAAUGAUUCGAAAGUGCAAAAGGAGCAACCACCAGCUAAUCAGGUAGAGGAAGAUUUGCAAUUACCCUCGUCAUCGUCUGAAGAGGAGGAGGAGGAAAACGAGCAAGAAGAACAAGUUUAUGGGUUAUCAAGUGACGAUGAAGAUGAAGAUGAUGGUGAUGAUGACGAGGACCUUUCAGAAGAAGAAACGAUAACACAAUCAAUCCAACCAAAUGCAUCAGGACACAGAGUAAAUAAGGUGAUAUCAAAGACAGCAUCUUCAGACGCCAGCCACAAAUCAAAAUCUGUCAAAACUGGUGUCGUAUAUAUAGGUAGGCUCCCACAAGGAUUUCAAGAAUCGGAAUUAAGGACAUAUUUUCAACAAUUUGGUCCAAUCAAACAAUUGAUUUUGUCACGUAACAAGAAAACGGGUAAAUCAAAACAUUUUGCCUAUAUUGAAUUUGAGUCUGUCGAAGUUGCCAAAAUAGCCGCAGAAACAAUGAAUAAUUACUUGUUAUUUGGACAUUUGCUUAGAUGCGAGUAUGUUGAAAACCCACACAAGGAUGUAUUCAAAAAUGCUAAUCGUAAGUUUAAAGUUGUACCAAUUCACAAAAUUGUUAAAGAUAAACAUGAUAACCCCAAGACCAAAGAAGAAUGGGAGAUUAUAGUACAGAAAUUUGAAGAAUCAAAAAGGAAUAAAGUUGAAGAGUUAAAGAAUAAAGGCAUAGAUUAUGAUUUAUGUGCAUUAUUGAAUGCAGCAUAA